AUGGCAACUCCGAAGCGAAUUGUUUCCACGGCAGUUAAUUGGAAACAGUUGACUGAUGCGGUGACUCCGUCACUUUCCAAUUACCUCACUAAUUUAAAGACCUAUCACUCUCAAUAUUUUGAACAAGUUUUGGAAUCCCCGGCAGAUCUCCCGAAAUAUGAUUUUGAGGCUCUAAAAAAGCGUUUGCCCCACCACGCAUCUACCAUUGCUUCUCUGCAGAAACAGUAUGAAGGCGUCUCAGUAUCCUAUGGGGAGAUUCCUGAAACGCAUUUAAAGGAAAUUGAGAAGUGGAAAGAGUAUGUUGAUCUGAUGGUGAAACUGAAUGAAAUGAAAGCUGCAGACACUAUUGCAGAGGCAAAAAAGGUUGAAGAGAAGUGGGCUAGAGCUCCACCUGUAGAACAUUUUUCCCGCGACCACUUCGUUGAAUACUUCCCAAAGCUGUUUACUGACUAUCGGGUAGAAAACAGAAUAUGGGAUAUUUAUAAAGUCGGUUUUAACGAAAAGAAGGACGCAUGGAUGUGGCGAUUUAAGAACUACGAGAUUUUACGGCAUCCAUCUAAAGAAUCAGUGCAUUAG